AUGCCCGCACAAGCCGACAAAGCAAGGCAACCGUCCUCGGGGAAGUCAUUCUUCGGACGCAAGCUACACAAGGACAAGUCGGUGGAGGAUCGAUACGAUAACUAUGGAGGGUCCUACGAUAGCCUGGCUCCCCCGGGCAGCGCACCGGGCUCCCGAUCAUCUCGCUACUCGAAACGAUCAUCUGUACAAUCGGUCGACUUGACCCACGAUAUGGACCCCGGCAGUCUGGCGCCCACGGCGGGUGUGAUCACUUCCAUCCCCUUCGACAGCCUCUCCGCCGACAGAACCCCGAUUCCAAUUGACAACAUGCCUCGCCCGGAUUCAUCUCGUCACGAACACUCCCCAAAUCAUUUAGGCAAGGCUGGGAAUGAUUUCCACCAAUAUCCCACGUGGGCAUCUACAUCCGCGCCGAAUGGCUCGGGCUCACAUCCCUCGGGCCCUCGUCCACCCCCGCAUGGAAACACGACUAUGACUAGUAGCAACUCGGGGAAUCAGGGUGCCAGGUAUCAGCAAUGGGGACGACCAGGUAGCUCCGCUGCGAGUGGGCCCAAUCACAACCCCUCGUCUAUCGACUCGUCCUCCAACUCUCGCACUUCCCUCGACCAAACAAGCAUAUACUCCUCCGUUUCCUCCAACACCCGUGGAUCGAAUUACUUUUCCUCUGAUGGUUCUUCUCGUACCCUCACCACAUCGCAUUCUGGGGACCGCGGCACUAUCCUCCCAAGCUCCAGCUCCGGCCGCUUGUCAACUGCAGGAUCGACACAUCAGAUUUCAGCGCCUAUCCCUGCUGCUGUCCCUCGACCGCAGGAUAAUUAUCUCACUCGCCCGAGAGACGAUCGCGUCGUGGACCAGCUGUUCCUUGAAUUGAUGCAGAAGCGAGGAUGGCAGAACCUUCCUGAACAGGCUAAACGGCAGAUGCUUUCAUAUCCCGCGUCGAAGAAAUGGACCUUGGUACACCAGGAUCGCCUGACAGAAUUACAAGGAGAACAAAAGAGACGACAGAAUGCGCGCCAAACGCAUGGCCAUGAUGGAAUGUCUGGUUUACUUGAGCGUGCUGAUGAGGAGGGUAGCCCAGAGUGGUAUGUGAAGAAGGUUAUGGACGAUACUAUCACAUCCAAACAGCUUGCCAGUCUGAGCGUCAGUUUGCGAACACAGCCCAUCAGCUGGGUAAAAGCCUUUGUUGAAGCCCAGGGACAAGUCGCUUUGACCAAUGUCCUUCUGAAGAUCAACCGCAGGAAGGUCUCUGGUCCCGUUCCAGCUCCCCCAACCGGCGAUAAGGAUCUGGACCGCGAGUAUGACAUCGCCAAAUGUUUGAAAGGUCUCAUGAACAACAAAUAUGGUGCCGACGACGCUCUAGAGCAUCAGAAUGUGCUUGUGGCACUCGUCAGCUCACUCUCGUCCCCACGACUCAACACCCGUAAACUCGUCAGCGAGGUUCUCACUUUCCUAUGCCACUGGGGAGAGGGACAAGGCCACCAGAAGGUGCUGCAAUCUAUGGACAAGGUCAAGAAUGACCACAGCGAAACUGGUCGAUUCGAUGCUUGGAUGCGAAUUGUCGAAGUCACGAUCGAUGGCCGUGGAAAGAUGGGCAGUCUGGUCGGUGCCAGCGAGGAGUACCGCAGCGGCGGUAUUGGCAUGGAGAAUCUGCUUAUGGAAUACGCCGUCUCGACCAUGAUCUUGAUCAACAUGCUGGUGGAUGGCGCGGAGACGGAUCUGCAGCUGCGAUGCCACAUCCGCGCCCAAUUCACGUCAUGUGGAAUCAAGCGGCUGUUGACGAAGAUGGAGGGCUUCCAAUACGAGGUCAUCGAUAAGCAGAUCGAGCGGUUCCGUGAGAAUGAAGCCAUUGACUACGAGGACCUGCUGCAGCGCGAGGGCAGCAGCAUGAAGGACAGCAUCGAGGGUGAGGUUAAGGACAUGAGUGAUCCUCUGCAAAUCGUCGAUGCGAUUUCCUCUAAGAUCAAUGGCAGUCGCUCUCAUGACUACUUCCUGUCGGCUAUGCAGCAUAUGCUGCUCAUCCGGGAGAACUCUGGCGAGGAAGGACUGCGCAUGUUCCAACUUGUGGACGCUAUGCUGAGCUACGUGGCUAUGGAUCGGCGAUUGCCAGAUCUUGAUCUUCGCCAAGGGUUGACUUUCACCGUACAGAGCCUUUUGGAUCGACUGCACACCGAUGCCGAGGCGAGACGGGUCUACGACGAGUCUUUGGAAGCCCGCCAAAUUGCCGAGGCAGCUAUCGCCGAGCGUGAUGAGAUGCGCUCGCAGAUUGAGCUUGGUGCCGAGGGUCUAGUUUUGAAAUUGCAGAAGCAGAUUGAAGAACAGGCUGGCAUUAUAGACCUGCAGCAGCGGCAGAACGAGUCUUUCAAGGCGGAGGUCGUCGAGGUGCAAAGAUUGCGCGCUCAGGAAUUGCAGCGCAAUGAAUUGGAAACCCGAGAGCUUUACCUCAUGCUUCGGGAUGCUCAAGAUAUCGCUGCUUCCAAUGCCCGCAAGGCUGCUAACCCUGAGACCGUGGAAGCUGACCCCUCCCACAUGCCCGGUAUCAUGGACCGUGAACGUCUCAUGGAGCGCUUGGAACGACAAUUGGAGCGUACGAAGACACAGUUCAAGCUCGAGGGCAAAGUGUGGGGUCAGCACGGACCCUCAGAUCGUCUGCGUGAAUUGCGUGAGGAGAUGGAUGGCGACGGCGAGGAUGACGAGCGUGACUUUGUCCACAGGAAUCUGCUCGCCGGCUCAUUGGGUACUGUGCAUCGGAAGCGCAGUUAUGUCCCUGGGAUGGACCAAACUUCCGAAGACGAGGAGCAUACACCCGUGGAUAGCAAUGGCGGGCCAAUGUAUGAGAAGCCUCGCAUUGUGGAAAUGCACCGUCCCCGUUUGGAUCCCGCCCAGGCUAGCGGUCUACUGGGCGAGAUUGCUUCUAAGGUUCCCAAGUUCGACGCCGAGGAUCCUAACGCUGUUCCCGCUGCUGAAGAUCAGGAUGCCGCCAAGGCCAUUCCGCCGCCGCCACCCCCUCCGCCUGGGGGUGCUGCCCUUCCUCCGCCUCCGCCUCUCGGUGGUAUGGCCAUUCCUCCACCUCCGCCCCCUGGUGGUGUGGCCGCACUUCCUCCACCCCCUCCUCCAGGUGGAGCUGUUGGACUGCCUCCGCCUCCGCCCCCAGGUGGAAAAGUUGGUCUACCUCCUCCUCCGCCUCCUGGAGGAGUGGCUCUUCCCCCUCCGCCCCCGCCAGGAGGCGCCAAGGGCAUUCCUGGACUACCGCCUCCCCCUCCUCCCCCCGGUGGAAAGGUUGGUAUGCCCCCUCCUCCUCCCCCUCCUGGUGGCGUAGGAAUGGGCGCCCCCCUCCCCCCUCCUCCUCCCGGAGGCAAAGGAAUGGUGCCGCCACCUCCUCCUCCGCCCAAUGCAGCCAUGGGCUCGGGUUGGCGACCAGCCUAUAUGGUUGGAGAAAUUGCGCCUACCACACUUGGCAUGCCUUCCAUCCGACCUAAGAAGAAGCUUAAGGCCCUUCAUUGGGACAAGGUUGAUACUCCCCAAGUAACAGUUUGGGCUGGUCACGCUCCGACAGCAGAACAGAAGGAAGAGAAGUACACCGAUCUUGCCAAGAAGGGUGUGCUGGACGAAGUCGAACGACUGUUCAUGGCCAAAGAAACUAAGAUCUUUGGAGCCAGCACUGCCGCCAAGCAGCGUUCGGCCAAGAAGCAGAUCAUUUCGAACGACCUCUCUAAGAAUUUCCAAAUCGCCUUAUCUAAAUUCUCUCAAUUCCCCGCCGAGGAGGUUACUCGCAUGAUCAUUCACUGCGACAAGGAGAUCCUUGACAAUAUGGUGGUCAUGGAUUUCCUGCAAAGAGAAGAGAUGUGCAAUAUACCCGAGAACGUUGCUAAAUUGAUGGCGCCGUAUAGCAUGGAUUGGACCGGCCCCGGUGCCACGAGUUCUGAUCGUGAACAAGAUCCCACCGAGAUCACGCGCGAGGAUCAGAUCUAUCUUUACACUGCCUUUGAGCUCAACCACUACUGGAAAGCAAGAAACAGAGCUCUCGCCCUGACACGCUCCUACGAACCAGAGUACGAACACAUUUCUUCCAAACUUCAGGAGGUAGCAAGGGUCAGCGAGUCACUACGGGACUCAGUGUCUCUCAUGAAUGUGCUGGGUCUCAUCCUUGACAUUGGUAACUUCAUGAACGAUGCCAAUAAGCAGGCUCAGGGUUUCAAGCUCAGUUCUCUGGCCCGUCUGGGCAUGGUCAAGGACGACAAGAACGAAACUACAUUUGCCGACCUUGUUGAGCGUAUCGUUCGAAACCAGUACCCCGAGUGGGAAGGCUUCCUCGAUGAGAUCAGCGGUGUCAUCGGCCUGCAAAAGGUGAACGUCGACCAGCUUCGCUCCGACGCAACCAAGUAUAUUAGCAACAUCAAAAAUGUCCAGGCAAGCUUGGAUGCCGGAAACCUCAGUGACCCCAAGAGAUUCCACCCACAGGAUCGCGUCAGCCAGAUCGUUCAGCGGUCCAUGAAGGACGCUAGAAGGAAGGCCGAGCAGCUGCAGCUUUACCUUGAUGAAAUGAUCAAGGCCUACGAUGACAUCAUGGUCUUCUACGGUGAGGACAAUGCUGACGAGAAUGCCCGCCGAGACUUCUUUGCCAAGCUCAGUUCCUUCCUCGUUGAAUGGAAGAAAUCUCGAGAGAAGAACACCACCCUCGAAGAGUCGCGUAAACGCACCGAAGCCUCCCUGGCCCGCAAGCGUGUCAACGUCAACCUUGCCAACAACACCCCUACCCCCGAAACCACCUCCUCACCCGCCUCCAGCGGCGCCAUGGACUCUCUGCUCGAGAAGCUGCGAGCCGCGGCACCCCAGGCAAAGGACCAACGCGACCGUCGUCGUCGUGCCCGUUUGAAGGAGCGCCACAACGUCCGCGUCGCCUCGGGCUCCAAGCCACCCGAGGACGAGGAAGAAGAAAAGCCCGAGGAAGAUGAGCACGGUCUUCUCAGCCCCCCGCCGGCUGCCGAAGAAGAGAAACCAGAGGCCCAAGUCUCCGAGGGUGAAGACGUUGCAGAUCGUGCGGCCAGCAUGCUCCUCGGAUUGCGCAGCAACUCCGAUGCCGGCGGCGAGAGACAACGAAGAAGACGCGAAAGUGCCGACGAAGAACGUCGCAAUCGUCGCAUGAGACGACGGAACCCCACGAGUGGCAGCAAAGACAGCGCAGAUGGCGGACUCCCCACCGUCCAGGAACCGUCCUCGCCGUCCCAUUCGGUCGACGACCAACUUCCCAGUCCUCCCCCGGAUGACCAAACCCCCCCACACACCCCCUUCAAUCGUUGUCUCUGA